AACCAUAGAAAGACUUAACAUACAACUUGCAGUUAAGUCACAAUUGCAGAGUUUAAAGAGAAAGUCUGUGCAACCCCAGGCACUACCAAAACUGAGGAGGUUUUCAGAGAGCAAGCUGAGGCACUUAGUGUGUUUCAAGCGAAGGUGACUCACAGACAACAGGGGAAGUUUGCGAGAGACACUGAAGAUUACCUGCAAAAUCGUGUGUACACAUGGAAAGCAGAGCAAAAGAGGCAGCCUUUCAGCAGAGAAACUUACAGCCAGCAGGCGGACCUGACUGCCAAGCUCCAGCAGAGGAACACGCAAGAAAGGGGCACUAGGACCAUGUGGGACACCAACGGGACAGAGGCAACGCGAGAACCUGAUCUGGUCACAUGACACAGUAACACGGUCUUCAGAGAGUGGUGCCUGCAGUGAAGCAUUCACACAGUCAGCCUCAGAGUGUAAAAUGUUUUCUGUAAACUACACAUUACUAAUGGUACCCUCUGUUUUUUUUACAGAUUUAAAUGAAUUGCUCUAGUGAGACUUGGUCAGCAUGUGCAAUUCUCAUUAUAAAGAAUGAACGAGGCGGGAAAGGAAGUGCAGCCGAGAGGUAGAAUGGCAGCCCAGGCUGCUAGCAAGAGACGCCUCAUCUCCAGGUCUUUGCAAAGUGCUCAGAUCUGCCUGCAGAAUCAGGACUAUGGCACCGCAUAUGCACACCUUCUGCUAGUGCUUACUCUGGCUCCAGAGCAAAAGGAUGCCUUAAAGGAUAUGUUUCAGUAUUCUUUAUUUAAGUGGGCAGAAGAGCUGUAUGCUUUGAAUCGAAGUCAAGAUUUGUUCAAUUGUUAUGAGCAAGCACUAGAGCUUUUCCCAAGAGAUGAUGUAAUUUGUAACAGUAUGGGCGAACAUCUCUUCAGGCUGGGCUUCCGAGAUGAAGCAGCUGGUUAUUUCUACAAGGCACUGAAGCUGAACCCAAGCUCUGCUGAGGCCAAGGAAAACUUCUACCGUGUAGCAAACUGGUUGAUAGAGCGCUGGCAUUUUAUCAUGCUCAAUGACACAAAGAGAAACCUGAUGUAUCAGGAAGCUAUCCAAAAUGCUAUUCAGAAUGGUUGCAAAACUGUACUUGAUAUUGGAACUGGCACUGGAAUUUUAAGCAUGUUUGCUAAAAAAGCUGGAGCUUCAUAUACAUAUGCUUGUGAGCUGUCCAAAACCAUGUAUGAGCUUGCUUGUGAAGUAUUGACAGCCAAUCAAAUGGAUGGGCAAAUCAAGCUAUUGCACAUGAAGUCCCAUGAUAUACAAAUCCCAGAACACAUCCCUGAAAGGGUUUCACUGGUAGUUACAGAGACGGUUGAUGCAGGCUUGUUUGGCGAGGGUAUUGUGGAGUCGCUAAUACAUGCAUGGAAAAACCUACUUUUACCACCAAAGCCUAAAGAUGGUAGGGUUAAAGGAUAUGGCCAAGUAAUACCUUCAAGUGCUGUUAUAUACGGCAUGGCAGUAGAGUGCCCAGAAAUAAGAAGACACUACAGUGUGAGUGUGAGUGAAGUUGCUGGUAUCAGAUUAGGAGAAGAAGUAAAGUUCUGCAGUGCUUUACAUUGCAGUCACGGACCUGAUGAUGUAACUGAGCCAUAUACAACUGAAAAAAUGAGCAGAGUCCCAGGAGGAUAUAAAGCUUUGAGUCAACCCUUCCAGGUUAUGACAGUAGAUUUCAACAGUCUUCAGGCAUUAGAGUAUAUUGCCUCUGGAACAAGCAAAAGGAUAUCUGUACCUGUCUACCAGCAAGGACAGUUUGACUGCUUUAUAGCUUGGUUUUUGCUUCAGCUUGAUGAUGAACACAGCUUAUCCACAGGGCCCAGUGAGGAAACUUGCUGGGAACAGGCAGUCUUCCCUGUGCAGAAACUCCCUGAUGAAAGCUGUUAUGUCAACACAGGGGAUACAAUUGUAGUGGAUGUUUCCUGCCCAGAUUGUUACCUAAGAUUAGACCUUUCUACUGUCAUUAGUGAGUCUAGUUGUGAUCAAGCUGAAAACAUGGUCAUGGGAAAUGAGUCCGAUAUCUGUGAUGCGUUGGCCAAUCUUCACACUACCGCCAAUAAAGAUACCAUGCAGGAACUUUGCAUCCUGGAACCUGGAGAAGUUGCCUUACUUAAUAAUACCAUCUACCAUGAGAGCUUCAGAGCAGCCAUCAGCAAGGUCAUCUCCUCACUGGAACCAAAGGAAAGCUGUUCAGUUGUUAGGAAUUCCCAAGGGGAACAAAUGAAUCUUGCAGAGCCUGUGGCUGAAAAUAGUUUGCAUCUCCUGGAUGUAUCAGAAGGGUUUUCCAUUUUGCCUCUUAUUGCUGUGAAGCUUGGAAAGGUGAAGGCCUACAGUUCAGCUGAGAAGGAACAACACAGAGUAGCUUUGGAGAAACUCUCUGUGAUUAAUGGUCUCAAUAAUGAGUUCCUGGAAUUUUGUCUAAGCCAGCUGGAAACAGAUGAUGAUUCUUUACAGAAGCCAAAGUCUGACAAGAUGUGGAGCAUCAUAAUUCUUGAUGUGAUUGAGACCUGUGGUCUGAUUCGACAAGACUUAUUAGAGAAAGCUGCAAUAGCCAGGUGUCUGCUACAGCCAGGAGGCAACAUAUUUCCCCAUGCAGUGGUAAUGCAAGGGAUGCUGGUAGAAUCAAAGACAUUACUGCAGGAGGGCUCUGUCCAAGGCACCGAGCCUACUCUAGGCUUUCUUAUAGCACCUGCUAUCAAUCGAUUCAAGGUUCCUGUCCAUGUAUUUUUGAACCUCUCUACUGUACCCUGUAUCCCCUUAAGUGAAACAUUUGAACUGCUAAGGCUGGAUCUAAUGAAUCCCUAUACAAACAAUCUGAGCAGCUCUGUAAUGAGAAUCAAGGUGAAUAUCUGUAGAUCUGGCCAGGUAACCGCUGUCCCAUUCUGGUACCACAUACACCUUGAUGAAGCCAUUACCCUAGACACAUCCAGUGAGGCAUCACAUUGGAAACAGGCAGCGUAUGUGCUGGAGACCCCUAUGAGUGUGCUGGAAGGGGAGGAGCUCUUGCUUGAGGUUCAGUUCCAGAACAGCAGUAUCAGCAUGGCACUAACAAGACCAUUGCAGUGAGAUGACUCAAUUCUUACAAAGCAAUUGUCAUCUUAAAGGAAGUCUUGUGGUUUUAAGCAAAUAAACUGUAUAUAUUUUGUUACUUUUGAAAAGCCAGUAUUGCUUUGCUGUGUUUAUGGCAACUAAAUGUUUUGGUGUGGCCUCAUUUUUGUACUUUGAAGUAAAAUAUCUAAUCAGUUGAA